CAGUUCGGCGCUCGACUUCUGUUGUCUGAAAUCGGCACAUGCUCAGUAGCUGCAUGGGAUGCAGAUUUUCAUGACGCUACACCGGAUCGGUGACAUGGAUGGGGGCUCCGGGGAUUGCAUGUCAGAGGCGGUGCUGGAGGAGAUCUCCGUGCUCUCUGCCAUAUACUGUGAGCCGGGGGAAUUUGAAGUUCUCUCACGUUCAGAGAGUGGAAUAACAGUAAUGAUUCAGACAAGCGUGCAGCAGCUAACAGAAUCAGAAAUUCGUCUACGACUCAUAUUUGAUCUGCCAGUUACAUAUCCAUCCACCCUACCAAAUGUAUCUGUCAGCUCGGAAGAACUUACCAGGGUGCAGUGUAAGGAGCUCAGAGACAAAUUACUUGGCCAAGCCGGCCAGCAUCUCUCAGAGCCGAUGAUACAUGACUUGGUCCUGUGGGCGCAACAGAAUCUUAACACUCUAAUUGGGGAUUCCAUUUCGGAUGAAAACCACCCUCUGUCAGCAGGCACCAUGACUGACGAGGGCACCUGGACAAUGCUUUUACAUUUAGAUCACAUGAGAGCAAAGGACAGAUAUAUCAGGACAGUAGAAAAAUGGACUUCUGAUUUAAACCUGACUGGAAAACUGAUGUUCAUGGGCAAAAUAAUUUUAAUUCUUUUGCAAGGAGACAGGAGUAGUUUUCGGGAGUAUUUGGUCCUCAAUAAAAGCUGCAAGGUAGAUGUGGACUCCAGUGGGAAGAAAUGUAAAGAGAAAAUGAUCAGUGUUUUAUGUGAAGUUAAAUUACCACAAGUGCAGAAGAGACUUUCUACAUUUGAAAUAAAGGUAUAUCCAUCGGUUAGUGAAUUGGAAAGAGAAUUUGAGGCAACUGGACUCUCAUUUGUUUUUACAGACUAUGUGCAAGGUAUUUUAUGAAGACUGGAAAAUGGGUCUGAACAGGACGGAAACAUCCGUAUUAAAAUGUUGUCACAGCUACAUAGAUUUCUAGGAAGACGUAUUAUUGGAGUGAUUUUCUACGCUUCUGUUGAUAUUUCACUUGGAAACUUAUUCAGAUUUGUAAAUUCAUGGAAGAAGUUUAACUAUACAUGACAGGAUAUAAUUUGUUGUCUGUUCCAUACAUGUUCUCAUAUUUUUCCAGAUUUGUCAUCUUUUAUUAAAGUUAUGCUUGGUUACAUGAAA